GGCCUUUAUAAGAGUGAUAUCGUCGAGAAGAAUCUGAUCGACGCUUUCGUACCAUUCCUUCCUUUGGAGAAAAAGCACAUAAAACUAUGUAUUAAUGAUUAUUUGAGGCAACACUACAACAAAUCGGAUCCAAUGGUAGAUCCGGGAGAAGAAUUCAUUAGAAAUGUGGCCAAUGAAUUGGAGUACUUCCCGCCCGACACUAAAUUAUAUUCAAAAACCGGUUGCAAAAGAGUGGGCAAUAAAGUGGAUGUUCUCAUGUGAUGUCACAUUCGGUGUAUAAUUUAUUAAAUAUUAUUUUUCAAUAUUAGUCAU